UACACAGCAGUUUUAGAUCCAUAAGUGGGGUGUUUGUCACCUUAUGUUGUGCAUAAGAUCAGAAUCACUUACAGUAUGGAUUAGUUGUUUGGUCUACGAAAGAGUGAGAGAAGUCCAUCAACGCUUUGCAGAGCCCAGGGUGACGUCCUCAAAUGUCUUGUUUUGCUCAUAGCCCAAAGAUCUUGGGUUUUCUGUCAUAAAGGAGGAAAGAAACAGAAAAUGUUCACAAUUAAGAGGCUGGAUUGUCGCAAAGCAUUGUUGGUACAAGGGGCAUAGCGCUCGAUGCUAGUUGCUGUUAGCGGGCUGCUACAAGAUAUUACUGCCUUCAAAGACAGCAUGACGCGAACUUGCUGUGUUAUUAAUUGUCAUAGCCGUUCACAUGACCACCAGGGAAGAUUAAAAGGUGAAUGUAUCGGCUUUUAUCGGAUUCCAUCCUGGAAAAGGCAUAGUUCUAGCUAUGUCUCCGAUGUUACCAAGCGUCGUCGCAUGGCUUGGAUUUCAGCCAUCAGAAGACCAAACUUAACAUUCAACAAUACACCUGCACAUAUGCUGGUGUGCUCCAAGCAUUUCCAUAAAGGUAAGAUGGUAGUGAUUAUUUUUGCAGUUUUUUUUUUAGAAGAUUUGUUAUGACUUGGAGUUAGAAGCUCAUGCUAUCGGUAACUAAACUAGCAAUGCUACCUAAGGGUUUGUAGCUUAAUACUUUUGUCAUUUGCAGCCAAACCAGCCUACGAAAUGCUGGAAUGCGAUCCUGACUGGGCACCCUCUUUGAAUCUCGACCAUUCUGAGGCAAAGGGAAGGCUGGAGCUGGAGGCUGGAGAUCUGCAGGACCCCCAUAAUGGUGGCAGGAGCACCAAUGCCAAGAAAGCCAUGGCCUCUUUGACCCACACAGGAGGGAAACCGCCUGCCCCCAGUCCCGUAGCACGCAAGUCACUUUUCGAGAGGUCGCGCUGUGACACCUCGCUGGUUUUGCUGACGAAGGGGUUUGCAGAGCUGCUGAAUCGCUCCACUGACGGAGUGUUGGACCUAAAUGUAGUCGCCCAGGAGCUCAGUGCCCCGAAGAGACGCGUCUACGAUGUCACCAAUGUCCUGGAAGGGAUCAAACUCCUCAAAAAGAAAUCUAAAAACACCAUCCAGUGGUUGGGCGGACAAGUGACUACCUUAGCUGAAGAGCUAAAGAGUCUCACUGAGGAGGAAAAGUACCUGGACGAGCUGAUCCAGAGUUGCACUCGGCAGAUACACCAGCUGUGUGAGGACCGUUGCAACCAGAGGUAUGCAUAUUUAACUUAUGAAGAUGUCAACAUGAUUUCCAUUUUAAAAGAACAGACUGUGAUCGUGAUCAAAGCCCCUCCAGAGACUAACCUCGAGGUGCCACAUCCAGAGGAGAGCCUCCAGGUCCACCUCAGAAGCACCCAGGGGCCCAUCGAAGUGUUCCUCUGCUCUGAUGACCCUAUCCCUAUGGACGUCACCGACAGCUCAGCAGCUGAUAGGAAGGACUCGGUCUCUCCUUCGUCUUUGUCACCCUUCACUCAGGUGUCUUCUAAAGACGUCGCUAACAAUAGUUGCAGAACAAAUAAUUCUUCCAACCCACUGUCUGAGCAGAAACAACUCUCCUCACCGGUUAGUUUCACCGCGGUUUCCCCCACACCCACCACCCCCUCCUCUGAAGACCAGCACAGUUUUGUCACCCUCGCACCUUCUCUGGCCAUCUCUCACGACGAGGAGCAGUACCUCCUGAGCCUGGCCGAGGACGAGGGCAUCACCGACCUGUUCUCCUCCGUCGACUUGGACCAGUCGCUGAUGGAUAUGCCACUUGUCUGAACAGCUGUUUUUGGAAACACGGUAAAUGUCAGGAAGAGGAGAUCUUCACACAGACAUAAUGCCACGAAGAUACAGUAAAAUAACAGUGCGGACUUGAAUGUGAGUUUUUUGAAAUUUGCAUUUGCCUUACCAGGACUUACUGACUCUUAAAGGAUGUGGAGGAGGUUGUAAGCUGGGAGUGUCAAGUUGGAGCUGGACUGUAAUUCCAUUCUAAGCCAGUCUUCUGGCUUUUUUUCCCGCCUCUGGACUGGGGCUGAUGCGUGCCGUCGCAUGAAGCAUUUUGAUUCCAAGCUUUAAUGUGUUACAUGUCUGCGAGACCUUUUUGAGUGUCUCUCUGUCCAAAGUAUGAGCAUUACGGUCUCAACACAGGACUGAAUCAUGGCCUUCCUGUUGUUUCAGUUAUGGGAAAUACACUGUUCCACUUGUCAUUAAGGACAGUGGAGAUCAUUUUGUACUUUGAUCAGGAAGCUGCCAUUCGACGAAGCGGCACAGCGUUAACAUUUAAAGGUGAUCAUUUAGCACAUUUAAAAUCUUCUUUAGAGUCAUCCACUUGACUGUUGCUGCUCAAUGACUUUUGGGAUGUGAAUGACGCUCGUGCAUGACUGUAUGGUUACUAAUGCUGUGGUUUACUGAUGAUUCUUAGUUUUCUAUCUUAGUUUCCCACUCUUCCAUUCAAGAUAAUAAUACAAAAUCACAUUCUGAGCCUUCUUCCAGAGAGUUAGUUCCUCAUCACCUUGAACUGAUAUGCAAGUAAUCCUCGUCUUGUCUUGCAACUCCUGCAAGGAAUGCACCAAUCCAUGUUUUUCCAUUCCUGGUAUCAAUUCCAAUACCUCAACUCAGCGUGUUUCCUGAUACUGAGUACCAAUCCGAUACCAGUGCUCUCUUUUUCUCCAGAUGUACGUGACCGUGUGGAAGUCAUUGGAAUCAUCUUCAUGUGACGUUACCUAAAGUGAAAUGAUGUUGGACACACCUUGUUUUGUAAUAACAUAACAAAAAAACUGCUCAUGUCAUAGCCAGUGACCGUUAGUGUUUGAUUGGUGCAUUCCCAUCUGCUACCUAAGUCAGAUCAGUCUCCGUCUAAACCUGUGUGCUUUAUAGCUUCCUCAGGGCUCUAGUAACCUUAACUAGAGGUGCAAUUUUGUAUAAUAAAGGUUGAUUCAUACACAGUA